AUGCAACUCAACGAUCAAGCCCAAGAGAUCGAGUAUCUCGGCACCUUCAAAGUGCAAGAUCCGGAGAUGAGCGAGAUCGUAUUCGAUGGUCCAAAGAAGACGUUCCCAGCAAUGGAUUUGAAAGGACGUGUGAAUGCUGAUGGAGGAUUCAAAGAUUUCGAAGGACCGGUAGAAAGGUUUGAGCUUGGACCGAGAGCAUCAAAAGACUUUCCGUCAAGUGUUCAUGUCGACUACCAGCGCCCAAAGAAAACUAAAGUAGUGUCCUCAAUUAAGUCUCUCUGUGAGGAAGUAUACGCGGAGAUAUAUCCGAAUAGAGCUCCAGUGACUUCUAACCGUCCACAAGAUCGACGCAAUGUAAGUCAACAAGGUCCAGAUCAGCAGUGCCGUGUGAUCCCAACACAAUUCCCAGCGGGACUCGGAACAUAUACGCAAAACUCUACAGUCGGACCGAUGCGAAUUGCACCACCUCAACGGCAGAUCGAAAGACUUCUGCCAGUUAAGACAAAAUUGAGAAUUGUGGCAACUGGAAUCUCUGCGAGGAAUACGGAGAAGGCACCGUAUGGUGAACACCAAAAGAGUGCUCCGGGAUUUUCAACUGGUUCAAGAAUGGAUUCUGCUCCAACUGCAGUAUUCCAUGGUCAAAUCACUGCAGACCAACAAUGCCAAAUGAUCCCGACAGAAUUGUCUUCUACUGUCGGACCGAUUCGCAAUGCUCCUGGACUCCAGACGAUGACAACAGUGGCGAAAUUCAGAAUUCUGAAAUGUGAAAGCUUUGAGAGAAAGACGAAGAAGUCACCGCCUGCUGAACAUCAAAAGAAUGGUCGAGGAUUCUCAACUCCACCAUUUAUGGUUCCUCAUCCAAGUCAGAUUGAGUGGCAUCAGAAUCCAGCUCCACCAAUUAUGAGUUCUGCUCCAACUCCAGUAGUCAACUCUAAAGUCACUCUGGAUAAGCAAGGAGAGUUGUCUCCACCAAGUGUCGUUUCUCCUCCAAAAGUCACUGUGGAACAACAAGGAUCGAGGCGCAUUUUCUAUUUACCUUAUAAUGGUCCAGUGAAGAAGGAGAGAUCAAUUUACGAUGAACUUAUGGAUCCAAACUUUAAGCCGGAAGUCAAUGAUACUCAGUGCACGUCUCAGCCGGCUGCUGAGAUACAAGUAGUCAUGAAAGAGCCGAAAAAUAAGAAGGCGGAAAACAAGAAAGAAGAAAAAAAAGUUGUCGAUAAGGAGCUGGAAAAGGGUGCGAUUGCGGCGUUGGAAUACGAGGAUCCGGUCAAACAACUCAAAUUUGAAAAGUACGUAAAAUCAAUGGGAAAGAAAUACGGACAUGAUUUCUUGGGAAUGCUACUAUGGUGCCAGAUACCUGGUUUGAGACUAGGAUGUGGUGGCCAAAUUGCUAGAAGAAUGAAUUGA